ACAAAAUUCUCUGUCAAUUUCUGUUUGCGCGUUUGAUUCAUUGUGAAGUCCGAUUGCAAAUCCCUAGUUCACAGCUUGUUUGGUUUUUGGUAAGUUUGAUCUUCAUUCAUUUCUGUUGUGAUUACUUUUGAUUUUGAUUCAUUUCUGCUUGCGUUUUUCUGUUUCCAAUUUGGAUUGAUUGAACGAAUGAUGGGUUUGAAAAGGAAAAGAAGCAGUGAGUUGGGUGAGUGGGUUUUGGGAGAUUUGAUUGGCAAGGGGGGUUUUGGGAGUGUGUAUAAGGCCUAUCCACUUAAGCUCGAGAAAGGGUCUCCCGCUAUCAUGGCCGUUAAGGUCGCUGAGGUUUCUGAUCCACAAAAGGUCGAUGCUUUAUUGACCGAGGCCAAACUUCUCUCUCAGUUUCAGGACUGCCCUUUUGUUAUCAACUCUUUUGGAGAACAGUGGACAUAUAAGUCUCAUCAUAAUUCUUUCUCUUUCAAUCUGCUAUUAGAAUUUGCGGCCGGAGGCACUAUAAGAGAUAGGAUUCAGAAAUCCGCAUCCGGCUUGUCCGAAUGUGAGAUUAAAGAGUUCACCAGGUCAGUUCUUAGUGGUCUCCAGUGCAUUCAUGACAAAGGUUAUGUGCAUUGCGACAUAAAGCCCGAUAACAUUCUUCUUGUGCACGACAUGACUUCUCAUGUCGAUUUUGUGGCUAAGAUAGGAGACUUUGGAUUGACAAAGAGCGCUCAAAAUGAGUAUUCUCGCCAAGGCACCGCAUGGUAUUUGCCUCCUGAAACUGUUAUCAGUAACAUUCAAGGGAAGCCAUCAGACAUUUGGGCACUAGGAUGUUUAGUUCUAGAGAUGUUGACUGGAACCUUGUGGCCUUGCAAGACAAGUGAGGACUUAGGCGGUUGGGUUUCAAAUCCAAUUAUUCCUUCACACUUGUCCGAGGAGGCCAAGGAUUUUUUGGCAAAAUGUCUGCAUAUAGAUGCUUCCAAGAGAUUUACGGCUGAGAGGCUCUUGACUCACUCAUUUCUUAUGAGUAAACAGAGCGUUGAACAAGUAGCUAAAGUGCCCGCAUUGUCACAAUCUCAGCAUUGUGAUAAUCGGUUGCCUAGUUUUAUACCCUUUGGGGACUCUAGCUCCCAAGAGGCACAAAAGAACAAAGAGGGUUCUGGUUUAUAUGAUAAUACCAUUUUUCCUUUGGCACUCAUGUCAAGACCUGCUAGACCUGUGGUUGCAGACACAUGGUGCAUAAAGCCAACAACUUUUGUUGUAAUGGGCGCCGCAUAGUUUUUUCCAGAAUUUUUGGGGUUCAAACUUCAAAUCAUAGCAUGGAAGCUGUUUAUAAUCUAAAGAGCUCACUAUUCUGUUUUACUGUUUAGAGAAUUUUGAUCUGAAUAUUGAAUAUAGCAUUGCAGCUGCAUUAUGUCAAAAUUUCAGGUAGAAUCUUCCUGCUCCCACCGACGAGGUUAGUCCUUUGCCACCCCUAUUCCUCAGAUGUCUUUAAUGAAGAUUCUCUAUGAAAUGUAUGGGGUAUUGGUGAUAAUAAAAUUUCCUGGUAUUUUUACUGAAGAAUUUAUGGUGGGGCUACUGAUCGAUUGUUAGUGAUAAUAACAGAAGAACUUAUGGUGCUAGCUAGAAGGUAUUAGUUUUAAAAACUUUCCUCGUAUUGUUUGUGAUUACAUAAGAAUCUAUGGUGUUAUGGGUGCUAGUGAUAAAAGAUUUCCUGGAAUUGUUAGUGCUACAGAUGAGGUUAUGGUUUGUUAUGAUAUGUAUAGAUAUGGGGGGUAGACGUGUUUUUUCUUUUCUUGUUAACACGCCAUAGUGAAUUCACUAGAAAUAUAUCCUAGUUGAUAUUUGAAAAUGGUGUUUUAUUAUUGGCCUGUCUUAUUCUUGUAUCUGGUACAGAAACAGGUAUCCAUCUGUUCACAUUAGUCUGUUAGUUUUGCACUACCCUUUUGUUCCACAUAUUUGGUCGACUUUAUCUGAAUCCCUACUUUGAAUUGGAACGACUCAUUUUGAGCCCUUCAAAGUGUGAAUUCCAAUUAUCAGAUGAGCAAAUGUGAUAGAUCUGCCAUUUUCUGUUCUCCCAAGUGUUAGCACUGAUCAGGCAUUAGCAGAGAAAAUCGGCAGUGUUUGUGGCUAUCCCCUAUCUCGGUGUCCCUUUAAUUCAAAAGAGAAUCCUGAAGAGCACACAGUGAGUACUGAGUAGUGAUGUGAGUAGCAAAGCUGGCCUCUUGGAAGAGCCAAACUUUGUGAUUUGCUGGAAGGUCAACUGAUCCAAGCCAUCAUUUCUGCUACUAUGGUUUAUAUAAAGCUGGCCUCCGUUUUGACCACCUUGACAAGAUGAACAGUAAUAUCUUGUGGGCGAUAGUGCUUCCUUAAGAGGUUUUAGUUAAUUGGAUUAUACAGUGCAUUUAGUUAAUUGGAUUUGUCUUUGCAGACCUUAAGAGGUUUGGAGGUCUUGGUCUCAAAACGUUUAUUAAGAUGAACCAAGCUUUUUGGCCAAAGCUAGCUAAAGGACUGUAAACAAGAUCAUGGUCAUUGCUUCAUUGGACUGACAUGUUGAGGAAGAAAUAUUUGAGAGGCACUCCUGAUUCUGUUGAUAGUUCUUGAAAAAGUACAAGGUCUGGUACUGAAACCCUUGAUUUAGGUCCAAAUGUAGAAUGGCAGAUGAUAGUGUGUGGUUUUGGACGGAUGAAUUGUGUAGUAAAAGUUCUCUCUGCCUGACCUUGUUCAUGUCUCUUCUGAGGAGAUUCACAAUUCCUUGUAUAGCUAUUUUUCUUGAUGGAGAGCACUGGAGUAUAAAGAAAAUUGAAGCACAUGUUGCCUAUUCAAAGAUUUCUCAACAUUAUCAAUAUUCCUAAAGCUUUUGAAGCUCUCCGAUCCCUGACACCUGUAUAUGGGGUUUUGUCUCCUAAUGGCCAACUCAGUGAAGUCCGCAAAAUUCUUGAUCUCAGCACUGAAUCCAAGUGGAUCUGCAUUUGGAGUUUGAACCUGCCCCAAAAGAUUAGAAAUUUUUUUAUGGCUGCCAUCUCAGGUAAAAAAUAUUACCUAAUAAACAGAGAGCCAGAAGAAAUUUGGCUGAUGGCAACAGUCUUGCUCUCUCUGCUUGAGUUUGAAGGUUAAUGUUGAUGCAGUAUGUGAUCGCAAAAAGGGGUAGUCUGGAGUAGUGGUGGGAGAUGAAGAAGGAAGGCUGAAACUAUGUAAUCCUUCAGUUCAAGGCUUCAAGCAAUCGAAAACCCUUGCAUAUGGUCUGACUGACAUUAGCUGGAGUGAAAACUCAAACUAGUGGAGUUGGAGAGCUAUGCAGCCAAUGUCAUUUAGCCUCUGUUGGGACGAGAUUUUCUCGGAGGGAAGCUAGACCACCAUGCUUGAAGGCAUCUUAGUAGUUGAUAGUAGUAGGAACUAGGAAAUGAGGAGGCCACUUUUGACCUCUAUGAUUGUAAUUGACCAAGCAUAAAUUCAUCUGAUCAAUAAAAAUAAUGCUAAUAACAGCCUUCUCUUCA